AUGGAGUCGGAUGAAUUGUUGGAGCACCUGCAACAGAUGGAGGAAGAAAUCCAGAUCCUGGAGCUGGAGAACAUGCUGCUGCAGAGCUACUCUGAAAGAAACCUAACGCACGGUGAAGAGCUGGACGACAAAGUCGCCAAGAAGCAGAGCAGGAGAAGCGCGAAGAAGGAGAAGGUUCCCGUGGAGCUGAGCGUGUCCCAGAGGACCAACAUAGCGCUAGAAGUCAACGAGACCGUCAAGUCUGAGAUCGACGAGUGUAAGAACAUCUCAGAGAAGCUAGUCGACGACUUGAGAGCUCUGCUGGAGCUUGCUGAUGUCAACAUCACCGACGUCUCCAAGGAAACCUACGAGUUCAAGCGUGAUGUUCAGAACAUGAGCGUGCCAGGAAAGAGCGCCAACGAUCGGUUGCUGCACCAUCUUGAAGAGAAGCUGCGGUCCAAAGACUCUGCCAUAGACAAGUUGUCGCUCAAGAACAACGCGCUCAAGCAGCAGAUCUUGAAGCUGGGGAAUCAGCUUCAGCACAAGGAGGAGAUGGGGGAAGUCUUGCACGUGAUCGACUUUGAUCAGCUCAAGAUCGAGAACCAACAGUUCUUAGAGAAGAUAGAAGAAAGGAACAACGAGCUGCUCAAACUGUUCGCCCCCACACAUGACCUGGAACCUCUCUCACAAGCUUGCUUGCAGGAAGCUCACAACAGGGAACAUCACCCAAACUUUGAAUGGGAGCUGAUUCUGGAAUCAGAAACAUUGAAGAAGAUGAUAGUGGAAAAGAAAGAGCUGACGAAGAAAGUGCAGCAGGAGAUCAAGGGGAUAGAGACAGAGAGAUCGAAAGUGCAGAAAGCCAACUCGUUCUUGAAGAAGCAGAUCGAGGAGUCGGCCAUGCCUGAGCCUCUGGAGUACGUGCAGCAGAAAGCGACGGCGUACCAACUGCAGAAAGAUGUGGCAAACUAUGAGAGAAAAGUUGAGAUUGCUGAGAUGGAACACAGAAGCUUGCAAGUCAAGAAUCGAAGUACAAGAGGAAAUACAACAACACUAUUCAACCAAUGA